AUGAGAAUCCAUUAUUCUAUUGGGCUCUUAUUGGGUUGUAUCGUCCUUUGCCAACUAGUAGUCGGGACCACAUCUUCCAGUCAGGCUCUCAAAUUUGAUAAACGAACAUGGGUAUCCUCUCAUCCCACCUUGAUAGAUAAAAAUGUACGAUCCUAUCUAACCAAGGAGCUUGUUCGUCGAACUUAUAUCAUGAUUAACUCGCGCUCUACAACUCACCGUGAUGAUGCUUACCAAGAUGAUAAUAAUGCAUUGGAUUACACUGGCUCACAAGGUAACGCGCCCUAUACCACUACUAUAACAACAGGAAGCGUGAUUCCUUCAGGCCAAGUAGAUAGUAUGGUAACGGAGAUCAGAUCACUAUUCAAGGAUAUUCUAUCAACCAACGCUAACAAUAACAACAAUGACGAUGAUGACAGUACAAAUACCAAAGAAUGGAUUGAUAUUGUGAAGGAUAUGAUCAAAGCACUCAAUAGACUUUUCAAGGCUGCUGCAUUGGAUGAUCGAUUGGAGAUGGAUGAUGUGUUGCCAUCUGCCGAGGAUGGUACGCUGUACGCACCUAAUCCGAACAAGAAGCGGUCAUUUUCGUCAAGUCACCAUAUCAACCACCCAGAUUCAUAUUAUCAGGGUCCCAUCAACAACUUAAAGUCUAGCGGUCGAGGAAAAAAAAGUGUUGAAGAAAACGGUGAUGGUGGCACAGAAAGUGAUUCACAGCAUCACGGUGAAGGUGGACAUGAAGGCGGUGACGGCGGCACAGAAGGAGAUUCACAGCAUCAUAGUGAAGGUGGACAUGAAGGUGGUGAUGGUGGCACAGAAGGAGAUUCACAACAUCAUAGUGAAGGUGGACAUGAAGGUGGUGAUGGCGGCACAGAAGGAGAUUCCCAACAUCAUAUUGAAGGUGAUGGUGGUAAAGAAGGAGAUUCCCAACGUCAUGGUGAAGGUGGACAUGAAGGUGGUGAUGGCGGCACAGAAGGUGAUUCCCAGCAUCAUGGUGAAGGUGGACAUGAAGGCGGUGAUGGCGGCGCAGAAGGUGAUUCACAACAUCAUAUUGAAGGUGAUGGCGGUAAAGAAGGAGAUGCUCAACAUCAUCGUAAAGAUCGACAUAGAGAAAGUGGCGAUGGCGGUAAAGAAGGGGAUGCUCAACAUCAUCGUAAAAAUGGAUAUGGAGAAGGUGGCGAUGGUGGCAAAGAAGGGGAUGCCGAACAUCAUCGUAAUUUACAGACUCCCGCCAAAGUGAAAAGAUCAUCGGUACCUGAUUCACAGAAAGUCAAAGAGGCAGCGCAAACAGUUCUUGACUUGGUUGAUCAAUUACAAGCCUACGCAAGAGAAGAUCAAGUUGAUGAUCAAAAACCAUUGAAAGCUCUCACUCUGAAAAUCAAACAAUUGGUGGCACUCAUUACAGGGAAAGCUUCGCCUGCUACAGACUCUAAUUAA